AUGGGAGCAAGGUUGGAGGGAGUGCUGAACAGCAGAGGCAUCCACCUGAUGGCCCGCGUAAACCGGGAGGAGGAGGAGGAGGAGGAGGAGGAGGAGGAGGAGGAGGAGGAGGAGGAGGAGGAGGAGGAGGAGGAGGAGGAGGAGGAGGAGGAGGAGGAGGAGGAGGAGGAGGGGGACGUGCCCGACCUUGUCGAUGAGGCAGACCUGGAGAGAGAGGGGGCGAUAGGGAGGCUGUGA